AUGUCGAUCGAUCCAGGUAACAAUAGCCGGGUAACUACCAUGUCGAUCGAUCCGAGUAACAAUAGCCGGGUAACUACUGUGUCGGUCGAUCCGGGUAUCAAUAGCUGGGUAACUACCAUGUCGGCCGAUCCGGGUAACAGUAGCCAGUUAACUGCCGUGUCAGUCGGACUGCUGGUAACUUCCGUGUCGGCCGAUCCGGGUAACAGUAGCCGGCUAACCACCGUGUCGAUCGAUCUGGGUAACAAUUGCCGGCUAACUACCGUGUCGAUCGAUCCGGGUAACAGUAGCCGGUUAAUUGCCGAGUCAGUUGAUCACGGUAACAACUGCCGGAAGGUGAUCACUUCCGGUGACGUGCGAUUACAUUUCCUUUCUUUCUUUCUUUCUUUCUUUCUUUCUUCGUACCGGUUAAUCGCCAUCAUUUUUUCUUUCGAGACCAAAUGGCCUUUCUUUGCUUCUUGGCGGGUUGAGGACUAG